AUGGCCGAGCCCACCCAAAAAAUCAAGGUGGGCAUGGUCAACAUGGAUACUCGUACUAUUUUCGAGGCCAAACACAGUGUUAAACAAAACGGCGCCGUAGAAAUCGUACCCGUGCGUUUCGCACGUGUAGCUACCAAAAAAUGGGAAGACUUUUUCCCGGAAUGGAUUGACGAGGAGAAGUGGAGCCCACCGAGCUGUCCGGAGAUUCCGCUGCCGUCGCGAAUGGAGGAGGAGUACGGCGACUUGGAUGUGAUUGUGGUUCAGGUUCCUUGUGGGGCGAGGAGGAGGGUGGGGUCCAGGGACGUGUUUAGGUUGCAAGUGAAUCUUGUGGUGGCUAAUCUAGCGGUGGCUGGUGGCGUUGAUCGGACGGUGUAUAUUGUGUUCGUGGGGUCAUGUGGGCCCAUGAUUGAGAUAUUCAGAUGUGAUGAUUUGUUGACGCAUGUAGGGGAUUUUUGGGUUUACAAGCCUGAUUUGAGGAGGUUGAGACAGAAGGUUCUCAUGCCCGUUGGAUCAUGCAAAAUUGCUCCUCUUCUUCUUGGAGAGACAGGGAAACAAGUUUCCAUGACACAAUCAAGACAACUAUGGAACCUCAACUACAGCACAAACCAUCAAAGGGAGGCCUAUGUAACCGUCCUUCAUUCCUCAGAAGAUUAUGUGUGUGGAGCCAUAGCUCUUGCUCAGAGCAUAAUCAAGUCAAACUCUACCAAAGAUCUUGUCCUUCUCCACGACAAAUUGAUAACCGUGAAAUCUGUCGAAGGACUUAGAGCGGCUGGAUGGAAAACCAGGCUAAUUGAACGGAUUCGAAGCCCUUUAGCCAAGAAAGGCUCAUACAAUGAGUACAAUUAUAGCAAGCUCCGGAUAUGGCAACUCAUUGACUAUGAUAAACUCAUUUUCAUAGAUUCAGACAUCAUUGUCCUUAAAAACAUUGACAAGUUAUUCACAUACCCUCAAUUAUCCGCUUCCCCAAACGACAAGUUCUUGUUCAAUUCCGGGAUCAUCGUACUCGAGCCUUCCUUGCGCACGUUCGACUACUUGAUGUCCAAGAUUCCUAGAUUGGAUUCGUAUAACGGGGGCGAUCAAGGGUUCCUAAAUGAAGCCUUUACGUGGUGGCAUCGGUUGCCUACGAAACUCAAUUAUCUAAAAAUAUUUGAGAGGUCUAAGAACAAUGAAGAUAAUGAGAUACCAAGUGAUGUUCAUACAAUACAUUACUUGGGGUGGAAGCCAUGGAUGUGUUAUAGGGACUAUGAUUGCAAUUGGGACAUGAAGGACAGACACAUAUUUGCUAGUGAUUCUGCUCACAAGAUAUGGUGGCAAGUCUACGGCCUUUUCAUGCCCAAAGAGUUGCAGCAAUUUUGUGCACUUUCUAAAGAAGAUGAUGCAAGAAUUAAGAAGCAUAGAAAGAGAGCUAAGACUGCUAAUUUACAAGAUGGACAUUGGAGGAUAAUUGUACAAGACCCUAGGAAAGACAAUUAA